AUGUCCAAGAUGAAUUCGCCAGCUACCGUUGAAAAGAGUCCGUCGUUACCCGCCGCAGACACGGUACCAUCGUUUUUACCAUGGUCAAGUCAACUAGAAACCCAAAAAGACGAGUCGGUUGCCCUCAAAGGAGGCCAAGUUGCUCAGCGUGCCACAACCACUCGUGAGGAAGAUCGCUCAGAAGAGCUUGCAGCAAGCCCAGCUACCGACAGACUAGAGGGUUUCGAAAAUACUCCAUCUGAAAAGUGCGCUGAGUACGAGUUUCGAGAUAGCGAAGUGGAUGAUGAAGAGGAAGAAGACGAUGAUGAAGUGGAGGAUGAUGAAGGAGACGAUGGUGAAGAGGGCGACGAAGAUGUCUGCUUUUGUUUAAAUUGUGCUUUUACCGAGUUGUUAUACGAAGAGGAAGAAGAGCAUCAUGAAGGUGUCUGCUUUUGUGAUACUUGUGCUUUAAUCGAGGAGUUACAUGAGGAGGAAAUGCAAGGUUGA